UUAGGAUAACGAAAUCAAAGAGCCAUUUUACGUUGACGUUUUUUACGUUUGACGUUCAUUACAGAAUUUUCUGUUUGUUUCUGUUCUGUCUGCUUUGUGAAUUCAGAAUUCAGAUUCUAUUUACACAUUUAUUUAAACAUGAUUAUUAAUUAUAUUAAACCUGAUUUAAAUCAAUUUAUCAAUUUUGAAAGACCACUUUAAAGUUAAAAGAGAUAUUGGUUGAACCAGUAAGUUUUUUCUUCAUGUGUAGCUGCUGUUUUGUGCUUAUGGUGAAGCAGUUCAACCAGGCUCUUCCCUGUGGCUAGAUUUCCAUCAAAGCAAGGCCCAAUUCCAGUGACAGAAAAUGCACCAGGGACUGAAGUGUGUUAGAAGUUGUCCUCUUUGACAGUGAGUUUAUAUUCCACUCAUCAUGAUGAAAAGAUCGAUUGGUUUUGGAAGCUACGAUGCUUAUCCAAAAACAAUCAUAGCUCAAAACGAUGUUUACAAUAAGAUGUCGCACCAUUACCGGAGGCUUUACAGUGCCAAACCAUGUAUUGACACAGGCCUGAAAAAACAGAGGAACUCUUCCAAAGAUAGGAAACUCAGCCUUGAUUGGAAUAGUUGCAGAAAUAGAAACAGCAAUUCAAGUCAAACGAAAUUGAAGUGCUGUCCAAACCAGAAAGAUUCGACAAAAUACAAUUACACAAGAGUAAGUCAUAAAUUUUGCUCAUUAUAAUAGACGUGUGAAAUC